UCAAAUGUUUUGAUUUUUUUACAUAAAUAGUUUUGCUUAAUGUGCAAUAUUCGAACUUACUGUAAAAAAUAGUUAUGCUAAAAACUAAUGGUGUAGUGCUAGUACCAUUAUUAUAAUGAACUUGUGACAGGACAGCGCUUGCACUGAGGAAGCGGGAUUUUGCGUCGAGUAUGAUCGAUGAUAGUGCAAGAUUGCGAUAAGAUGCCUUGUGAAAGCUGCGCCGUGCAGUUCAGUGUGUUCAGGCGGAAGCGGGCCUGCUGCGAGUGCGAACGUUACUAUUGUAGUGGGUGCUUGCGACGCGGAGGAGGCGCCAUGUGCGCGCCCUGCCGGGUGCUCUCCACUCGGCCUCUGUCGCGGCAGACUAUCGCUCAUCUGAAGGUGCGCGACAUCCAGUGCUUCCUGCAGCGACAGAACGUCUCCACCAGGGGCUGUGUUGAGAAGGAGGAGCUGGUGAGCCUGUGUGUAUCGCACGUGAACAGUGCAGCGUACCGUCGGCGGGGCUCGCGCUCCGGCUCCAGCCCCUUCAGCACCCUCAAGGGGUUCACCAAUAACAUCAAUGUUCUUAUUAACAACGCCUUCGAUCUGCGCAGCACGCCACAACCCGCGCCACCGUCGCCACACAGCGAAUGCUAUAAUUCGUCACAUGUGCACACAGCGACGAGCCGGCCCGCCCCGAACCCGCCUCCCGACCCCCCGCAGCCCGCACCGCGCACCCUGCAGCGGGAGAGAUUCACCACCACACCAGGUGGCGAGCGCGACAUCCGGGUGCCGGUGCCGGAGCCCCGCGCGGAGGAGGCGGCCGAGGGCACCACCGCGCACUCCGCCGACUGCUACGAGAUCGAGGACGUGGACGACGGCUGGGAGGUGGUCGCGCGGCCCGCAGACCCGCUGCCCAACGAUUCGGAAGUGCUGAUAACGGAGAGCGAUGACCUCGAUCAUCCGGCGGAGCGGAUGGAGAGGGCGGAGCAUGCGGCGGGGGCGGGGCCGGGGGCGGGGCCGGGGGCGCGGGCGCGGGCGGUGCCGGCGCGGCUGGCGGCGUGCGGCGGGUCCCCGCAGCGCGCCGCCUCCGAGCUGGAGCUGCGGCCGCCCGCACACCGCGCCGACACCGCCAGCCUGCAGGACGAGCCGCUCAUGGACACCGGAUCCGGUGAAGAGAGUGAGAGGGCGGAGUGCGGCGGGGGUGGUGGCGGGGGCGGGGGCGGGCGUGGUGCGGGCGGGCGCGUGUCGCUGGGCGCGCUGCGGGCGGAGGCGGAGCUGGAGGCGCUGAACGUGCGGCAGCUGAAGGAGCUGCUGGCCAGGAACCGCGUCGAGUACCGCGGCUGCCUCGAGCGGGCCGACCUCCUCGAGCGCGCCAAGAUGCUGUGGCGAGAGCACCACCACUACGCCGACGACAUCGACAAGCUACCGAUGGAGGAGUGCUGCAAGAUCUGCAUGGCGGCGCCGCUGGAGUGCGUGCUGCUGGAGUGCGGACACAUGGCGGCCUGCACCGCCUGCUCCAAGCAGCUGGCCGAGUGCCCCAUCUGCAGACAGUACGUCGUGCGCGCAGUCAGGGUGUUCCGCUCCUGAGCACCACCACCAUCGUAUGCCGACCCCGUCUGAUGCAGUACAUCUUCAAAGAUUGGUAUAAAAUACGUCACGACUUGUCUAAGAAAUCACACAUUGGUACGGCCUUCAGCCAGCUUUCCGACUGUAUAGUGGCUUUAGUAACAGCAGCAUAUAAAGAGACAAUAAUACGAAAUAACACUAGAACGAGAAUGUAGUAACAUGCAGCUAAGAACAAAACUGAGUGACACACAGUGCGGUCCUAGCGGCGCCGUGCCCUCACUCUUAAUAAGAAGAAUUUUUAAUACUUCAUAUGAGGCUAUAAAUGUAUUUAGGUUCAAUUCUGGAAGAGAAUCAACCUUAAAACGUCGUCCUAAGUUUUAAGAUUGUAGUGUAUAAGA